AUAGAUGCAACAGUCUCUAGGGGCUGGGUUGGACAGAGAAAAGACAAGGAGGACAAAAAAUGGAGGAGGACAUUAGAAAAAGGGGGAUGCUGUACCAACAGCAACAAAGGUUUGGGAAGAAAUGGCGCAAGGUCUGGUCCGUGCUGUACCGAGAAAACUCCUGUUCUAUCUCUCGUCUUGAGUUCUUUGAGUUUAAAGAUGGAACUGGCAACACACUGGAGAAACCCAACCGUAAACAAGACAACAAAAAGGUGAUAAAGUUGAGUGAUUGCAUUCGUGUGUCAGAGGCUGAUGUCGAAGGCUGUCCACGGGACUGCGGACCAUUUUUGGUGGAGACGACUGAAAAGACAUUUGUCUUUGCUGUUGAGACAGCUGAACUAGAGGACUGGAUGCAAAAACUCUGUGAAAUCGCUUUUCCGAUGAGUUGGACAGAGAGAGGAGCAGCAAGAGGAAAAAGUUUACAUUCUGAUCUUGCUGAUGUCACAAUGUCGGACAACACCCUCUACUGCAGUAGAGAAACUGCAAUGAAAGACUUUAAGGUGUCAGUGAGGCGCACAGAUGCCUCUGAGAGAUGUGGCCUGAAAGGAUUGCUGUUGUUACAGACCAAUUUUGAUAGCCUCCUUCUGAAAGAACCUAAAAUGGGAGAGGUUCUCUACUCCUGGCCCUACCGCUUCCUCCGCAGGUUCGGACGCGACAAGGCCACAUUCUCCUUUGAGGCUGGGCGAAGAUGCGACUCUGGGGAAGGUAACUUUGAGUUUGACACCAAGCAAGGAAAUACCAUCUUCCAAUCUAUAGAGACUGCCAUCAAUCUCCACAGAGCCAGUUUGCCUCAAAAGCAGUUAUCAAGUGGGGAGCGAGAACCUGGGCCAUCUACACCUCGAGUGAUAGCUCCAGAAGAUGAUACCAGUGUCUGCAAUAUGGUCUCUGAAGGAGCAAUCAGGGAGAGUCCCAAAUCACAACAAAACCCCCAGCACUCCAGACUUGAAGCCCCAAUAGAGAAGCUUCUCACUGGGGUUAAGAUUCUGACCCUGGACACCAGGCCUCCACCACGUAAAAGCCAGGUGAAGAACUUUAAAAGUUGUCCCUUGGCCAGCAGUGAAGAUGAUAUGUAUUCCCGGGCUAUGGCACCAUGUCCAGACCGUGGGAGUCCAGGUGAGAAGAAAGGCCAAAAAGAUAGACGUUCCACCUGCUCCAACCCUGAGGACUCAGACUACUCUCUGCCAUUUGACACCAUUGCCAAGAAUGUUACGGCUUCCAACCCACCACCCACUUUAGUUAAGGCCAGCUGUGAAAAUGAGAAGAAAGGCAAUGUAGACAGCACAGAACCUCUUUAUGACAGUAUAGAUGAAACUGCCAUCAGAACACGUUUUGCACAAGGACCAAAGAAACACUCUUACAAACAUGUGGAGCACAUCUAUGAUGAGCCAGAAGGUUGUGGUGUGGCCACAAGUGGCCCUCCAUCAUUCUAUGAUGAACCAGAGGAGGUCAAAGGUCAUGCCUGGAAGAUGCUAGGUACAUUAAUGGAUCCAAGUGGUCACGAGUAUCCGUACAACGCUUCUGUCGAUGACUAUGUGGUUCCUAAACAUCCCAGGAGGGCCUUGCUGCCAGAACAAAAAGACGAUGAUGAAGAUGACGGUUCACCAUAUGAUAAUAUCAUGGUGAAAGUAACGCAAAAGAACUAAGGAUUGUUUAAAAAAAAACUUGGUGACGCUCAGUUAUGUUUGGCAUUACCACUACAGAGGACACUGAAAAGAAAUGCGAAUGAGCGAGGGUGUUAAUGAAUAAAUAAAUAAAUGAGAGAAAGGGUAAAUUAAUUAAUGAGCAAGUGAAUAAAAGAAUGAAUGAGUAAAUUAAUGGAUACAUUAAUGAGUGCAUUUAUAAAAUAUUUAACCAACUAAGCGUGCUUUUCUGCCCUGUGAUAGCGGUGAUGUGCACCUAGAAAAAAUCCACUGAAUAUAAAUGGGACAUGAAAAACUCCACUCCAAACAUUAAAGCUCUGUGUGUCCUAACAGCAACCAAGCAGGUCUACGAUUACCUUCACUGUCUACAAAGUCAUGGUUGAUUUUAUCAGCUUAUAAAUUCAAUAGUAAUUUGGUUCAACAUGGUGCUUUAAUAGUCCUUCUUCUUUUCCUUUUCAUGCCCUCGUUUCAACGGGACUGUGUUGUGACUCAGGUAAUUAAAGUCCUGCAGAUCUCUCCCUAUAUGGAUGCCCAUCACUUAAUCCUCUGCUUCUAAUCGUGAAACAUGGAGUUCCGCAGUGUGUCAUGAUGGUGUUAUUCAGGGAAGACUCUAACUCUCCCUCUUACAGGCUUCCUAUUUUGAGGAAAACAUGAAUAAUAAUAACUUGACUUAUGGAGGGAAACUGGGGCACUGUUAGCAUGCUUCCAGGCUCCCUCCCUGCUACUGUUCAUGAGUCCUACACAGACUUUAAAGUUCUCAUCCAUACU